AUGCUCCUCUCAGAAGAUCCCGCCACACUCAUAAACCACACAAUAAACAACUUCAACAUCAACCCCGACAAGCUCGCCAUCUCCCGCAUCUCCGAAUCGCUGUCCACGCUCCAACAAGCGCGCGACCUCCGGAUGCGCGACGCCGAAACGUCGCUCAAAAAACUCCACCGCCAACUCAGCACACUCACCUCCCAACACGCGGAGCUCACGUCCUCACACUCGCCCUCCGACCACGCCUCCAAGAUCGCGACCCUCGACACGCGCAAGUUCCGCACCGCAAAGGCAGCCAGCGACGCGGAGAUGGAGGCGGAGCGGCUGGCGCAGCAGGCGGCUGAUUUGGCGGCGCGGCUGCAGAGCUGA